ACGGAGCCGAGCCAGACAUACAGACGGACGUGCGCUUUUACGCACAGGCUCUGGAUCAUCGGGGGGAUUUUCACGCAGGUGCGUGCGCGUAAAUACCGACACACACACACACACACACGGAGAGAGAGGGAGAAAGAGAGAGAGCGGAGAUGUUUGAGCUGCUGGGGACGUGAGAGGUCGUCAGUGUGGAGACGGAGAGCCGCGGAGAGGAUCUGUGGGACAAAACCACCAAGUUGGAGAAGCUCCUCCUCCGCGUGAUGUAGCCGCCAGUCGGAACCUCCUUAAUUACUAAUUUCUCCACACUGAAGCCACGCUCUCUCUCUCUCUCUCUCUCUCUCUCUCUCUCUCUCUCUCUCUCCUCCAUCCAUGCCUCUCUCAUCCUGACCCUCCUUUCUCUCUCUCCUCUCUGUCUCUCUCCUGUUUCCAGUCCGGGUACCGGAGGUGGACGGGCUUGGAGUUGAUUGUUGUUUGUUGUUUUUUUAUUAUUAUUAUUUAUUCCUCGUUCACCGGGCAUGGAGGAUGUAAAAGACCCGCCGACCGUCCACCGGUCCUCCUCCUUCAGCAUCAAGAGCCUCCUGCUGCCCUCCAAGUGCGACAGAUCGGACUCCGUCGCUGCUGCCGCCGCCGCCGCGAUCAUCGGCAUCCCCGGGAGCCUCUCUCCUUCCCCGGGCUCCGACUCUGAGAAGUCGCUUGACCCGCCGGAGGUGGACUCCAUGUCCGCGGCUCUGGACCCGGAGAAACCGGGCAAAGAGGAGCAGGGGGACGAGGAGGAGGAGGGCGGAGGGGGAGGCGGAGGAGGGGACGGCGCAAAGGCCACACCGGAGCAGAACACCAACGGGAACAACAGCGGGAAAAACGGAAAGUAUGACAAACCUCCGUUCAGCUACAACGCGCUGAUCAUGAUGGCGAUCCGGCAGAGCCCCGAGAAGCGGCUCACGCUGAACGGCAUCUACGAGUUCAUCAUGAAGAACUUCCCGUACUACCGGGAGCACAAGCAGGGCUGGCAGAACUCCAUCCGGCACAACCUCAGUCUCAAUAAGUGCUUCGUGAAGGUGCCGCGGCACUACGACGACCCGGGCAAGGGGAACUACUGGAUGCUGGACCCGAGCAGCGACGAUGUUUUCAUCGGGGGGACGACCGGGAAGCUCCGCCGGCGCUCCGCCACCUCCCGCGGCAAACUGGCGAUGAAGCGCGGGCUGCGCUUCGCUCCUCUCGGCUUGGGGAUUAACGAGCGGGCGAACAACCCGCUGUACUGGCAGAUCUCUCCGUUUCUGUCCCUGCACCAUCACCACCACCACCACCCGCACUACAACGGAUCCUCACCCGGCUUUUUGAACCAGGCGGCGGGCUACGGGUCGUUGCUGCCCGCCGUGGAGCAGCUGAGUAACGGGGACCUGGGGCGCUCCAUCCUGGGCGGCUCGGCCGCGGGAGCGCUGGGCUUGACGAACAGUUACGGGAUGAGCACGUCUCCGGUCGGGCUGCUCUCCGGUCAGACUGCCGGAUAUUUUGUCUCAGGGACCCAACACGCUGCUUCGGGGCCGCCGGGGCCGCCGGGUGGAGGACCGCAUCCGCCGCCGCACCUCCAGCAGGGCGCAGCGGGGUUCGGCGGCCUGGCGACCAGCAGCUCCCCGCAGUCCCUGCUGUCGGACUCCCUCAGAAACAGCUCCCUACAGGCCUUCUCCCCGGGCGUGUCCGCGGGGUUCCCCGGGGUGCUGUCCCAUCAAAAGAGGGUGACUCCGAACGCGUUCCUAAACUGAUCUCCCCCUCCUCCCCCAUCACCUCUCAGCGGGUGGCACCGGGACGAGGACGCACAAGAGACGUCAAGUUUAAGGGCAAAUUAAAAAAAAAAGAACAAAAAAAGUGGUAAAUAUCAAACAAGGAGCGCAAAAAUAUAUAUAUAAAUAUAUAUAUGAAGUGAAACUUUUUGGCCAUAUUCUGCCCGCAGAGCGACGGGCCGGUUCUGUUCUGAGGUUCUGUUGCAUUCUA